CGGGGCUAACAACCUUCACUUUACCCGGAAGUGGGUCUUUACAGCUGAGGGCGAAUGACGAGGCCGGCGGUUUGUUGCAACGUUGUGACUUUAUUGGACGCAGCCAUCCACCAAGCUAGAGCACCUGCACGCACUCACUGUCACCGCUCGCUCACCUUUCUCGCCCACUCACUCACUGACGUCACUCACCUCACAUGCUGUCAUAUCUUAAAGGGCCACACACACACACACACACACACACACACACACACACACACAUACGCUACUCUCAUAACAACUAACAAGACAUCAUGGCGAAGCCAGAAGUCGAGUUUUUUAAACAUGGAGACAUUCUCAAUACUUUUCUUUUGUCGAGCACAAAGAAAAUAACAUUUUAGUUAAAUGUAAGUUGUGUCUUGGAUCAAAGAUCCUAUCUACUCAAAGUUAAAGUGCCAUUAUGUUGCAGCUAUUUAAAAUAGUUUUGUCAAUUUGUUCUGGCCUGAAAUAAAUUGGCCCUUUGAAACAUGUCUUUGUCUUUGUGUGUUGUAUGUAGACCACAUUGCUUUCUGAGUUUAGUGAUGCAAAUACAUGUCAAGUUGAUCAACACAUUGUAUUAUUCUCCAACAGUACUGAAAUGAAGGCUAAAAGGGCAUUAAUGGGAGCCUUAAAAAAAAGGGGGGGGAAAAGAAGUAACUAAAUAGUUACUUUUCACAGUAACGCAUUACUUUUUGGUGUAAGUAACUGAGUUAGUAACUGAGUUACUUUUGAAAUAAAGUAACUAGUAACUGUAACUAGUUACUGGUUUUCAGUAACUAACCGAACACUGCUGGUAAGUGCUGCUAUUUGAGCUAUUUUUAGAACAGGCCAGCGGGCGACUCAUCUGGUCCUUGCGGGCUACCUGGUGCCCACGGGCACCGCGUUGGUGACCCCUGCACUAUAGUAAUCACAAGCUUGUGUGCCAAUGCUGACAUCAUCGGCUGAUGAGCUGCUUCCUCGUUUCCUUUUUCGUCAAACUUUAUUGUAGAUCACAAACCAUGCUUCUCACCUAGAUAGUAGAAGGAUGAGGACGUAUUCCGACAAGUUGGUACACUUUGACAGCCAAUUUAGACAAGGAAAUGGCGAGAGCGACACAAAAAGACGCUUGGUUCCAACCCCCUUUUCUUUGCGAGGAUUUUGAGUCAUUCUUCAUCUAAAUGAGAACGUAUGAACAUUGUAGCAGUCAGUUUUCUAAAGAUAGCAUAGCUUGUACACUAAGUGAUCUUUUAUUAUGUUUGUUGGCUCUCAUGAAGUCGGCAGUGAGUAAUAAUCAGUGAUGAAGGAAAAAAAAAAAGCAAACGUGAUGCGAUUUUUUACUUUAUGCGCCGCGUAUGCUUAAAGUAAAGCAAAAUACCUAAAUAUUAUUUGUUAUUAGAAAUUGGCCUGUUACUACAUUACAUAUAUACUUUAAUCAUGUAUAUAAAACCUUAAUGGAUGUCUUUGAAUGUUUUUUAAAGAGCUUUAGAGGCGGAAUAGAGCAGCUCCCAUAGGCUCCAUUGUAAGCAGGCUUUUGAUCGAAUGUAUUUAAUAGUUAGAAUGCAUUAAAAAAAAUACAUCCAAUAUCCUGUCUUUCAUUGUGAUUGUGAACGAUAAGCAAAAUAAAAUAAAUAAAUAAAUAAAUUGCCCUUUAAGUGCAAACAAUAGUGCAGGAACAUCCACUGUUAUAAGCAAAUAUUAAGUUUAAAAAAUUUGAAGGGGAACUGCACUUUUUUUGGAAUUUUGCCUAUCAUUCACAAUCAUUAUGAGAGACAAGAAUGCUUACAAGAUGCGGCUAAUUGGAGUCGUUGUUGCCUUCAACGGCCUCCAAAACAACUUCAAAACCCUAAUGAUGCAUGUAUAAUGUAAAUAGGGAUGUAACGGUAAACGGUAUAAUGAUAAACCACGGUAAAAUUUCAGAUGGUUAGUAAUAGCGCUUAAGUUUUUAAUUACCGAACCAACUUAAUUUAUUAAUGCAUUUCAGGCAACACUGCUUAAUUCCUGGAAACAGAGUCACAGCAGCGCCGGCGCAUGCACACUAACGUCCUUUGGCUUGAAACAUUGCGGAAAUCAACUACAAAGACUUUGCUUCAUAGAGUUCUUCUCAGACUAAACGUAGCCAAGCACUUCAAUUAACUUCCUUUCCCCUCGCUUUGUUUCCGUGGAGUCUCGGCGUGCGUUCAAGAGCGCACUGCUGCUAUUAGAUGACUACAGGUGUGGACAAGACAGACGCAUUUGUCCCACGCUAAAAGUAUACCAUGGAGGAGAUGUUUUAAUUUUAUAACACAGCGUCCUACUGUGUUGUGCAUUACAAACUCAAACGCGCUUUGUGCUGACUUAAAAGCUAGCAUAUCUCUUUCCGUAGUUAGCUUCUACAGCUCAUACUGUAGCACGCCGAUGUGUUAGGACGCAAGAAAGAGUGCCUCAGUGUCCGCUCUUACAAUAACUGUGUUGUUGUUAUUGGUUAUUUGUCGUAACUUCAUUUACUGGAGAAGCAUGCUACCGCUAGAUAGCUGAAGUACUAACUUAAACGCAAGAGACAUUGUUAAUGUAUUUCAACAAUCUAAACUUGUAUAAACACAUUAUUAUUUGAGCAACUAAGAUAUUUAAUCGUGCACAUUAAACCUACAGGCUGUGCUCUCUUAUACAGACGGAUCAAUCAAUACGCGAUCGAUAGGCUUUUUGGAUGUUUUUUUAGAGGGCUUCACAGGCGGAAUAAAGCGACUCCCAUUGGCUCUAUUGCUAGCUGACUUCUGUUUGUGUUUAUUUACGAUUUAGAAUGCUUAAAAAACAUGUGUUGUCUUACAUUUUAUGAAUGAUAGACAAAUAUGAAAAAAAAGUGCAGUUCCCUUCUAGUUGAAUAUCCUUCCUUUAGAUUAUGAACAUUUUAUCCAAAUAAAUUAUUGUAUUGUUAAUAGUUUUAUCAAUUAAUUAAGACAAAAAGGUCAGAUUGUACUUAGACAAAAGUCUUGUUGCAUACAAAGAUAAUGUACAGUACUUAAUUGAAGACAUUGAAGGUGAACUGCACUUCUUUUUUUGUCUAUUGUUCACAAGCAUUAUGAGAGACAAGAACACACCUGUCUUUUUUUUUUUUUUUUUUUUACGAUUUUAAAGAUGAUAAACAACGCUUGAAAGAUGCGGGUAAUGGGAGUCACUGUUGUAGCCUUCACAGCCCUCUAAAACAACUUCAGAACCCUCCAGCAACGUUUUAUAUACACAGUGCUAGUCUAUAUAUAAUUUAGUAACGGACACGUUCAUAACAAUAUGUAAUAUGUUCAUUAUAUACUGUAUUGUGAUCAUUUUAAUCAUUUCCGGAAUUGAUGUAUUACAUGCGUUGAUUUCUGUUUCCAUAGAAGCAUACGUCUGACUUCUGGCAACAUGUGUGUUCCUACUUCUACUACUACUACGAGUGUGUUUUCUAACCAUGGCAGACUUGGUAAUAGACAACGAAGACGACUAUUUUUAGACAAAUGAGGAUUUACAACCUUAUACUUUUGAAAGUAAAUAUACUACUGCUUAUAGAAGCAAGCAAAAAAGAAGAGUGAGACUUUAGAGCAGAUGGAAGACGGAAGAGGGGGAUAAAAGCGUUUUUCACGCUAUAAAGAUGGAACUUAGAGCCAAGCUAUUUUGGCUAAAAUAGAUUGCUGACCCAAAAUCAACAGAAAAUGUCCCUGGCCAGCUGGACCAGACAGAGGACUGUGCAUCGAGUGAGUCACUCUAAUAUCGAUCAUGAUACACGCAGCACGUCAUGCCUGUUUGUAGUACAGUAUAUACCCUGUCUGGCUAGCUCAGCAGUGUACAAACAAAAGAUGAAAUGUGGGCUAAUACUUUACAGAUACUGUAAUAUUAUUGUUUAUAUUUUUCAGUCAGCACAAAUUGGUGUAGUCUCGCAGUGUUGUGCAUUGCAAACUCAAACGCUUUUCGUGUUGUUGUAGAAGCUUGCUUACCUCUUGCCGUAGUUGUUUUUUACGGCUAAUACCGAAGCACGUCAAUGUGUCACUACGAUAGAAAAAGAGUGUUCGCUCUUACAAUAACAAUUUCACCACAGCUUGGUUAUUAUACGGGUUACGGAACAUAAAUGCAGUAUUGACGGUUUUUGAAUGCAUUUUUAAAGUAAUUUAGAGGUAGAAUUGAUGCUCCCAUUAGCUGCAUUGCUAGCCACCGAGAACUAGACGAUUUUCAUGUUAGAAAGCGAGAAAAAAACAACCUUUUGUCUUUUUGUCUCAUAAUGAUUGUGAUCGAUAGGCAAAAGUGCAGUUCCCCUUUAACAUCGGAACAUAAAGUCCUGAGGCCUCAUUUAUUAAUAAAACUUGUGUAAUUUCCUACUAAAAAUGGUGUACGAUCAGGUCAGAUGUAUUUAAGUGUGCACAACUGCACACACAUUAAUCCAAGCACAUUUCUUUAAUGCAUCCCGAUUAACAUGGAAUUGAGCACACAUGUUGGAGUCGCUGGCCACGACCAGGCCAUUCCCUGGUCACACCUCCUUUAAGAUAUGCAAAUUAGGGAUGUCCGAUAAUGGCUUUUUGCCGAUAUCCAAUAUUUCGAUAUUGUCCAACUCUUUAAUUACCGAUACCGAUAUCAACCGAUACCGAUAUAUACAGUCGUGGAAUCAACACAUUAUUAUGCCUAAUUUGGACAACCAGGUAUGGUGAAGAUAAGGUCCUUUAAAAAAUAAAAAAUAAAAAUAAGAUAAAUAAAUUAAAAACAUUUUCUUGAAUAAAAAAGAAAGUAAAACAAUAUAAAAACAGUUACAUAGAAACUAGUAAUUAAUGAAAAUUAGUCAAAUUAACUGUUAAAGGUUAGUACUAUUAGUGGACCAGCAGCACGCACAAUCAUGUGUGCUUACGGACUGUAUCCCUUGCAGACUGUAUUGAUAUAUUGAUGUAUAAUGUAGGAACCAGAAUAUUAAUAACAGAAAGAAACAACCCUUUUGUGUGAAUGAGUGUAAAUGGGUGAGGGAGGUUUAUUGGGUUGGUGCACUAAUUGUAAGUGCAUCUUGUGUUUUUUAUGUUGAUUUAAUAAAACUUUUUUUUUUUAACGAUACCGAUAAUAAAAAACGAUACCGAUAAUUUCCGAUAUUACAUUUUAAAGCAUUUAUCGGCCGAUAAUAUCGGCAGGCCGAUAUUAUCGGACAUCUCUAAUGCAAAUCUUAUAUUCAAAUUAGCAAUGUGCCUGAGAUUUUCCACUCACAGUCAGAAGACAUAAAGAUAAUAAUCAAAAUGGCAAAAAUUAAGAAUUUCACCGGCAAUGAGUUGGAGGUCUUACUGGAGUGUAAAAAUGUUAGUGCAGCAGUGCAUGCGCCUGGCAAACGGGAACACUUUACGCUCGGGUUUUUAACAUGAGUAUAAUGUGCAAACAGAGACAAUCAGGGGCUUGUUUUUAAGAUCUUAAGAGUCAACAACUUAAACCACUGACUCGUAAUGAUGCUGUACAAAGGGAUAUACUGUACAAAUUCGGGGGCACAUCAUGUGCAUCACAGCGAUUAAUUUUAGGACAAUUACAUAUAUAAAUGUACUCACCAAGAAGCCACCACUCGUGCACAAUGACAGCUUGUAGUCUCUUCCCAACCAUGCUGUUAUUUACAGUGUACGAAUCAUGCGUCAAACCAGGCCACAUUGUUGCAAUGUUGGUUAAUUGUAUUUGUGUAUCAUAUAAGAUCUGUGCAUUGAUCGAAUCAAAAUGUUUCCUGUUGACAUAUACAUAUGUGAUUGUGCUUUUAGAGCAAUGUGUGUGAAGUCGAUAGUUCUGCAUUAUUAGAAACAUCAGCUGUCGCUGCAAAUUGCCCUUUAAUGUUGGCCUGUUCUGCUGCAUUGUAUGGGAAAUGAAUAUACCUCGCUAACAUGCCUAUAAAUUCUUACCACACGGCUGGCAUGGCUCAGCUCAGGGCCGACUGGCACAAUCCCGAUCGGUCGGCUAGCUCCCUCUGAAAUGCACUGGUUGCAAAGAAUCCUAGUGUGGUCAGCACCUGUGUGGGCACAGGCAACGCAUGGCCCUUCGCUGUGUUGUGCUUUACAAGAGGCCUCAGCUCUGCGUACAUUUUCCAGGAGGAGCGCUCGAGGGAACCUGAAGUGGCUCAUGAGCCAGGUGUCAUCAUUUGCGAAUAAAUACAGUCUGUCUUGGAAAACACACUCUCUUCGCAGUGCACCAUUAACAAUUUAUUCUAAUACUGCUAAAGCAGUCAAUGUUUUAAUGUAGUUUUUUGCUCCAUUUUGUCUCUGCUUUUAUAGCCAUUAGUGUAAUUGCAUAUACACUUGUUCAUAUGUUUCUGAUGUGCACAUCAAUGAGUCUGAGGAGUAAUGGUUUGCACAUGUUUUUUAUUUAAACAGUUACCCAACAUCACCUCUAUGCGUUGCCAAACUAUCCACAGCAUGUAGAAAUGUGUGUAUGUGAGCCAUGAAGUUGGCGUGAGGCACCAAACAUUUCCACGUUCAGUUCACUUUUGAUACAUUUCAACUGUGACGUCUUGCAGGACUCCCAGAGUUCAUCAAGAUUAUUUAGUUGUAUGACCUUCUCCUUCAUCUCACCUCAGGCAUGCUCAAAAACAUGUCUGACCUUGUUUUGCUUUCAGGAACUUUGAUGUGCAGGCAGAAGUCUGAAAUGAUGCUAAAGAACUUGCCAUUUCUUGUGAUUGUACUUCUUAAGUACAAUGACAGUAAAGUUCCAUUCUAUUGCAAUUUGAAGUAAUGGACAGCAAAAGGUUCUUGAUACUUCCAGCUGUUGAUGUUGCCAUCCACUCUGCAGAUCUCUCGCACACCCAUACUGGAUGUAACCCCCAAACUUUGAUUUUCCCGCCGCCGACUUUGACUGCUUUGUGGGUCAUUCUUGGGUCCACGCAGGUUCCAACAGGUCUUCUGUAUUUGCGGCAAUUGGGAUGUGGUUCAGUGGAUGAUUCAUUGGGAAAAUUCACCUUCUGCCACUUUUUCACUGUCAAUCUUUUCUAUGUGAACUGUGAGCCUUCACAAGUUUAAUUUGUAAGCUCUAAUUAGGCCAUAGAGACCACUGCGUGAGAAAAUGUAUCAAACUGUUGUUGGAGAUACAGAGGUUUCGGAAAAAAGCCUGGCCAUCGGACAGUUGUUUUACAGGAUCUGCCUGACCUGGGCUUGUUCUGAACAUCACAUUCUUCAAAUUUGUUUUCAUCAUCCUGGCGUUUGGAUAUAUUAUAGAUGUCUGCCACCUAAGGCUGAAACGACGCGUCGACGUCAUCGGUUACGUAAAUACGUCGACGUCAUUUUUGUGCGUCGGCGCGUCGCAUAUUUACGUCACACCACUGUCAUGGCGGAGCGCAGAGCAAACGAUGCGAGCGAGGGGAAAAAAACACGCCAAAAGUCGUCAAAAGUGUGGGAGUAUUUUAAUAAACGGCCUAAUAAUGUUGUUUUAUGCACACUGUGUCGAGCGGAAAUGGCGUAUCACAGCAGCACAACGGCUAUGAACGAGCAUCUAAAAAGAAAACAUCCGACAGCGUUCUUCCCAUCACCAUCAACGAGUCAAUCAUCCGCCAAACGACAAAGCAGUGUCCAGGAUUUUUUUCCAAAGAGGCAUGGGACUGAAUGCACACCCCAAGUGGCCGCUGACCUGACUGAUGGUGUCCUGGAAAUGAUGGUCAUAGACAUGAGGCCAUUAAAUAUGGUAGAAGGGGAAGGGUUUCAAAAAAUGAUCAAACGGUUUCACUCUGGCUACACACUACCAUCAAGAACCCACUUCACUAAGCUUAUGGAGCAAAAAUACACAAAGAAAAUGAAUGAAGUCAAAGCAAUCCUGAAAAAUGUGAAAGGAAAACUGACACUCACAACUGAUGCAUGGACAAGUAUGGCCACUGAAGCUUACCUUGGUGUCACCAUUCACUUUGUUAAUGAUGAGUGGGAGCUUACCUCAAUUAACUUGACAACAAUGCCCCUCAAUGAAAAGCACACUGCAGAAAACAUUGCCUCUUGGAUUGAGGAUGUUGUCAAUAAGUUUGAAAUAAACAUAAAACUAGUACAAGUCAUUGUACAUGACAAUGCUGCAAAUGUUGUUGCAGCUUUAAGAGUUCUUGAGGAAAGACAUGGUGUUUCAUCCCUCAGAUGUGUUGGCCAUACUCUACAGCUUGUAGUUAACCAUGCUCUAAAGGACAACCACAUCAGCAGAGCUUUAGGAGCAGCAAGAAGUUUGGUCGAGCACUUCAGAAAAAGUGAGCUAUCCAGUACAAAACUAAAGGUUAAGCAAAAACAAAUGGGUUCUCCAGACCACAGCCUCAUACAAGAUGUGUCUGUGAGAUGGAACAGUUCCUUUUACAUGAUUAGUCGCCUGCUUGAGCAGAGGUGGCCAAUAACAGCAACUCUGUCAGAUCCGGAGGUCACUCAAAGAGGGAAGCAUUUUCUGGAUCUUAAGGCUGACCAGUGGAGCUUGCUUGAAGAACUUGAACAAGUUCUGAAACCUUUUGAAUGUGCAACUGUGUACCUGAGUGGAGAAUCUUAUGUAACAGUUUCCGCUGUCCCUCUGCUGGUCAAAGGGCUUCGGAAGGCUACACAAACUGCUUUUGAAAAUGCAUCAAUCAAGUGUUUCCAGGUCACUGCUGCACGUGAGAUAACAUCCAGGUGGGAAGCCGAGACCACAUUCAAAGAUGAUGGACCAAAUGUGUGCAUAUUAGCAGCUGCACUUGACCCACGAUUCAGGAAGCUGAAAUUCCUGACUGCAGAUGAGUGUUUAAAAGUUCAAUACAAGCUGCAUGCAAUAGUUCUGGAGGAGAAAAGAAGGGAAAAGGAGACACACGCUCAACAGGGCACAGCAAUGCAAGUGGAAAGACCAGAUGCUGACAGGCGGCCUGUAUCUUUACUAGACACACUUCUUGGCUCAGAUUCAGAUGAACUCAGCAACAAUGAGGAAGACAACAAUGACAGUAAUGAUGCUGAAAUGGUCAGAAACGAGUUAGUGUCUUAUUUUGGAGAAUCCCCCAUUUCCAAGGAUGAAAACCCAUUAAAAUGGUGGAAAGAACAUCAGGCAAGGUUUCCAAAUCUGGCAAUGCUGGCUCGGUCUUACCUCUCAGUUCCAGCCACAUCGACCCCUUCUGAGCGCCUAUUUUCAGCUGCUGGGAAUAUUGUAAACAAGAAAAGAACCAGCCUCACCCCAGAGCAUGUAGACAUGCUAACCUUUCUUCAUUACAACUGUUAGUCACUCACUGGAAUGAGUAGAAUUGGUUAUAGUGUACUGUGUUGGACUGGAUGUUUAUUUUGCACAUUUUAAAAGCAAUACUUAAUGUUUACAGUGCUCCAGAAUAUUUAGAUUGGCACAAAUGUUUACAGUGUUACAGAAUGUUUUGCCAUGUUUUCAAUGUUGACUGAGUGGCCAUACUUUUUUUUUUUGGAAAUAAAAGCCAUGCCUUUUGAAAAAACUGGCCUAAAUUUAUUUUUUUCAUCUUAAUUUUAAAUAAAAAAAAUAAUCGG